GUAAAUAAAAAUAAAAGAUAUUUAAAUAUGUUGCUAAUUUAUUCUCUAUUAAAUAUUCAAUGCAAUAUUAACUUUUAAUUUUGUAUAUCGAUUAAAAAGCAUAUUCUGAAGUAGUUAAUUCCCUAAUCUUCGAAGAUCAAGAAACGCUUCUUGCUUAGCUUUCCUAACAAUAGAUGCCUGGAAUGAGACUUGCAAAUUAUAUGAUAUGAAUUCGACUGCAGUAUGUGGCGACUUGUAGUUCUGUAUAUUUUUUAUCUAUCACUAGUUGAAACCAGAAACGGUCAAAAAAACGAUCCUAGAAAUAAUGGUGAUUUGGCAUUAUGGAUUGAUGAAAAGCAAGUUAAAAUGUUCAGCGGUAUGUCUAUGGAAAUUUAUGCAAUAUCUAAUGGAAAUGUGCUACCUUAUAUAUUAGACAAAAAUUUCGAGAAAUAUCUUCCACUUAUACCUUCAGAAGUGAGUUAUGUCAAUUUCACAUGGAAGGCAGGGAUGAAGAAGUAUUACUAUAAUUUUGACCGGCUACAGUCAUUUGAUGAAAGUAUAUUAGAAGCUCCUGUGAUUUCGAUCAAAACAAAAGGAAGAGUUCCUAAAAGACCAAAAGAAUUCAGUAUACUAUUGCCUUGCUUAGGUAAUAGCUCUGGAAUUGCAACGUUUGGUAUAGGAUUACUUAUUGAAAGUCGAAAGGGUAAACCUUUAAAUGGUACACCAUUAAGACUAAAAUUACGUAAGGAAUGCGCACAAAGAAAAGGUCCAGAUCCUGAAUGUGAUAAAAAAUGCGCCAAUCAAGGUUGGUGCAAUCAUGAAAAGAUAUGUCAGUGUCCUGAAGGAUAUAUGGGGCAGUAUUGUAGAACCGCUUUGUGCUACCCUCAAUGUAUGAAUGGCGGCAACUGUACUUCUCCAGGAGUUUGCAGUUGUCCACCUGGUUUCCAAGGUCGUCAUUGUGAAGGAGGCAUUUGUAGUCAGAAAUGUUUGAAUGGGGGAAAAUGCAUACAAAAGGAUACAUGCGAGUGUUCCAAGGGCUACUAUGGACCACACUGUGAAUACUCUAAAUGUAUUAUCCCUUGUCAAAACGGUGGAAGAUGCCGUGGAAUCAAUAAAUGCCGAUGUCCACAAGGAUUCAAAGGAGAUCACUGUGAAAUUGGAAGAGCAAAGCCCCACCGAAGUAAUUGCAAACUGAAGUGUAAGCAUGGCACUUGCGUGGAUGACACUUGUGUUUGCGAUUCUGGAUGGUACGGAAGGUUAUGCCAUCACAGUAAAUAUAUAUGAAUCAUGCAUUCACAUCAAAUGGGGCGAAAAAAAUAUGGAAUUUCCUCCACUAUUUUAUAUGGUGUCAAAUAUUGGACAAAAAAAGGAAAAAUAAGUGUUUUAUCUUCCAUAUGAAUGAGCUUUAAAUUAUGUAACUGAUUAAAAUGGAUAUUGAAACAUUAUUUCCAAAGAAAAAUAUCAGAACUUAAUCCGAUCUCCAAAUGAAUUGGUGCUAUACUAGUAAGAUAUUAAAUUCUUGACAUGGAAACUGUUUAAAAAUUUCAGACAUUGAAUUUAAAUCGAAUAGACUGAUGUUCCUAUGUUCCUUGAAUUAGUCAUUUUUAUAUUCAAUAAAGAAACAUUCUUUGGCAAUCAGAACUUAUUCUUCACUACAAAAUUCACAUUUGUACCCUUCCAAUAAAAACUUUUUACCUCACCUAUUCGGUUGCAAUACCAGGUUGACACAAUUUUUAUUCGGAUGUGCACCUUGACCUCAAAACAAUAAUGUUUCACUCAAUACAUUCACGUCUGUAAUUCAUAUAUACUAUAAUUUUUUUUAUUGAAUAUAUAUGCUGUUAUUGCUUGCGUGUUGCGAAAAUUGUUACAUCAUAGGCAACUAACAGUUACAUAAACUUAAUUUUUAUAUUAUUGUUAACUGAAAUAUGUUUGUAUAUUUUAUUAUAUGAAUAUUAUUCUUUUAUGCA